CGGGUACAGUUCUAAAACCCUCUCUUGUCUCUUGAGCUCAAGAGGGACUAGGACGAAAGCGUUCGCCGCCGCCGCCUCCUCCCAGGCCACGCGAUGGCCCCACCGGGCAGCCGCGUCGCCGUCUACCUCCACCGCGCGCGCCUCAUCGACUCCCUGCGCCUCCGCCUCCGCUCCCCUUCCCCGCCGCCGGCGCCGGCGCCCCCGCCCGACGACCCCGUGGUCGCGCUCCACGGCAUCCGCUGCGCGCCCACGCCAUCCUCCGCGCUCUCCUUCUUCCGAACCCUCCCUUCCCCUGCGCCGCUCCCGCUCUUCCACGCGCUCGCCUCCCGCCUUGCCACCCCCGCAUCUCUCCCAGACCUCCGCUCCCUCCUCGCCUCCUUCCCCCUCCCCCCUCCCCCUCUCACCCGCCUCCGCCUCCUCGCCGCCGCAGGAGACCACCCCGCUGCCCUCGCCGCCUUCGAUUCCAUCCCAACAAAAACCGCCCCCCACCGCCACCGACACCGCCCCGCCGAGGCGCACAACCUCGUCAUCAACCUCCACGCCGGCGCCGGGGCCCACGCCGCCGCCGUCGAGGCCUUCCGCGGCAUGGUCGCCGAGGGCGCGCUCCCCAACACCCGCACCUACACCGUCCUCGUCUCCCACCUCGCCUCCGCCGGGUUCCUCGACCAGGCGCUCGACAUUUUCCGCCUCCUCCCUUCGAUCCGCUCGCGCCGGACCACCCGCCAGUACAACGUGCUCGCCGAGGCGCUCGCCGAGGCCCGCAGGUUCGACCAGCUCCGGUGGCUCGUCCGCGAGAUGGGCGCCGUCGACGGCGUCCUGCCCGGCCCGCAGGUACGGGCCGCCGUCGCCGCCAUGAGGGAGGCGGGGCACACGGAGGGCACGGAGGACUUCGUCGGUGAGCUCUCGCCCGACGCGAGGAUCCCGUACGCCGUCGAUGACGCGGAGGGCGAGGGACGAGACAGCGAAGGGGAGGAGGAAGAGGAGGAUGGCGACAAGGACAGGUCCAGGGGUACUAAGGAGACGCUGAAGCCAUGGCUGGACCCGCGCGAGCUGGCCAGGGCAUUGGAAGGCUGGGCCCCGGAGGAGGUGGCGGAGCUUGAGGCCGCCGGGAUCGUGUGGACGCCGCGGCUGGUGUGCAAGCUUCUGCGCGCGUUCAAGAAGGCGGCGACGGCGUGGGAGUUCUUCUGCUGGGUGGCGUGCCACCCCGGCGGCGGCGGCUUCGCGCACGACCGGCACACGGUGGCGAGGAUGGUCACCAUCCUAGCCCGCGCCGGCCACGUCGACCUCGUCGACCGCCUGCUCGCCAAGGUGCGCGCCGACGGCAUCCUCCUCCCGUUCGCCACCGUGGGACUCGUCCUCGACUUCUACGGUCUCUCCAAGAAGCCCGACGCGGCAGUCCGGGUGUUCCGCGACGCCGACGCCAUCUGCGGGCCCAUAUCGAGACCCAACCUCGCGCUGCUCUGCUCGUCGCUGCUGAGGACGAUGGCCAAGUGCCGCCGCGGGCGCGACGCCCUGGUGCUCCUCGAGGAGAUGAUGGCGGCGGAGCGUGGCGUCGUCCCGGACCUGCAGACCUUCUCGGGGCUAAUGCAGAGCCUGGCCGGCGCCGGCGACCUCAGCGGCGUGCACAGGCUGUUCGGGCUGGUGCGGCAGUGCGAGCUGCAGCCCGACGCGUACAUGUACUGCGUGCUCGUCAGGGCAUACUGCAAGCGGGAGCGGGCCGCGCUCGCGCUGAAGCUGUUCGACGAAAUGCGUGGCGCCGGGGUCGCCCCGGACGUGGGCACCAAGGCGCUGCUGGUGAAGAGCCUGUGGAAGGAGGGGAAGCUCCGGGAGGCGGCGCUCGUCGAGGAGAGGUGCGAGGAGAUCCUCGCGGCGGGCGGCAAAGACGGCCUCCCUAAAGCGGCACCGGGCCACGUGUGGACGGUGAGCGCCGCGGACCUGGACAAGGUGUACGACAUCUACUCCGGCUGCUUCAGGCAGCCUGAUUCAGAAGCCUUGACCGCGAUGAACAAGCCAUGAAUUGAUGUUCCACUUCGAAACUCAAGACGCCGGCAUGCUCGUCAUGGCAGCUCGUGAAAUGGGAGCUCAUCCUGGAGCACGACGCCGCGGCGGUGUAUCACUGACAUCGCAGUGCAGCUGAAGAAGCAUGACGGCGGCUUAGGAUGAUUACAGACUGGAAUUGUAAUCGCCAUGAGAAACCAAUGCUAGCUUUAGCUUAUGCACCAUCAUUUGCAAUUUUCAGAAGUUGAGAAGAAGUUCGACAUGGAUAUUCAUUUGCAA